CGGAUUUCUCUUUAUGGGUGGUCUUUAUUCGCUCUCGUGCUGCUUCCCAUUCUUGUUCAAGUUUUGUGAUAAGGGGAUCUUAAUUAAGAUCCAUAAGGAAAUAAUGAAAUACUUACGUUCCAAGAGAGGUAUAGGAAAUGAAAGCGGAGAAAAUGGAAAGAGGCCUAAGGAUACAAUAAUUAAGUGCUUCCCUGCACAGAAAGUAAAAAUUUGCGAUACUCGCGGUUGUUUUAUCAACUCUUUUAAUCGCUGUCAACUAUGUUAAUUAUAGCCGUUCAGAUGGCGUCCAUGGAUCAAUGAAUCCGGAUUCAUUGCAGUGAAGUAAAAGCAAAAACGACACAUUUACGCAGGCAUUUAAAUGGUGGGCGCGGGCAGCGAGGCAGGGCAAGGCAGGGUCAGAAUAGAUUUCAGGAAGGCAGUGGGUAGUUGCUACUACGAUAGUCAAAGGUCAGAAGAGGAUAAAGUUAAAAGAUCACGUAAUCCUUGAAGGAGGCCUGCCACUGCUCCAAUAGCUGAGGAAAAUAUCUUAUUCGUUGCUUCUUUUACUUUGCAAAGAGGUUUUGAAACCCUAUGCACAGUGUCACACGUCAUGCUGUUGUGUUUUUGUCGUGACUUCAGUAGUUUUAGUCUAUAGUACAGACAGACAGACAGCAGCAAAUCGCAGGCUCAAGGCCCAAGAUGUUCACUCAGCAGUCUGAAAUUCGAUAAAAACAUGAAUUCUUCUGCAUGUUGUGAAUUUUGCGGGUCAGUCAAUAAUCUCUUGCGUUGUGGUAGAUGUAGAAGUGUGGUGUACUGCUCCAAAGAUCAUCAGUUAAAGCAUUGGAAAAAACAUAAAUCGGUUUGUAAGGAACCCGUCGCCGAUGACAGACUUGACAAGGACAUCAGUUCAUCUGACCGAGCCGCCCGCUGUACGCCGCAAGAUGUUGUAAUCGGUGGUGUAGCUCCUCGUAAAAACAGGGUGAAACUGGCAGGUGAAACUGACGGAGCAGAAAAAUCAGCUGACAAAUGGGCAUUGGAAUGGGGAGCACAGGGUGCCAGCACCAUAACCUAUGAGGGCAGCUCAGAGAGUGAAAUCCUAAACGCCCGUACCGAGACUCUUAGUCCAGCUCUAGAGUAUAGUGAUGCAAAUCGAGACAUGUCUUUACAGAAACCAUCUUUCCAUUCAGCCUCCAAUGGCUUUGGGCUGAAAGAUUUUUCAGACAUAAGUUUAACUGGUGAUAGGACAUUUCCACCAUUUUUGCAUCGAAGUAAUAGAGAUGAAGAAGGUGUCAUUGAAGAGACUAGUGGAGAUCAAGCAGUCAUUGACGACAUGUGCCGAAUUGUCAUAAGGGACAUGGACCAAUUUGGAGUUUGUGUAGUCGACAAUUUCCUUGGAUACAAGAGAGGAAUGUCAGUUCUUGACGAAGUAACUGGAAUGUAUACAAAAGGUGUUUUUAAGGAUGGUCAACUAGUCAGUAACAAGGUGAAAAAUGAUUUGAAGACCAUCCGAGGCGACCAGAUAACAUGGAUUGAUGGCAAAGACGAUUCCUGUAAGAAUAUUGGCAUGUUGAUUAGCCAAGUGGAUUCUAUCAUUCUACGUGCCAAUAAAAUGGCUAAUAAUGGGAAAAUAGGAAGGUACAACAUCAAUGGAAGGACCAAGGCUAUGGUAGCUUGUUACCCUGGCCACGGAACACAUUAUGUAAAACACGUGGAUAAUCCCAACAGAGAUGGACGAUGUAUUACAGCCAUUUAUUAUUUAAAUAGAGAUUGGAAUAUUCAGCAGAAUGGAGGUUUGUUACGAAUUUUCCCUGAAGGCUGGCAAGACAAAGUGGCUGACAUAGAACCAUUCUUUGAUCGUAUUUUAUUUUUCUGGUCGGACAGACGGAAUCCUCAUGAAGUGCAACCUGCAUUUAAGACAAGGUAUGCUAUAACGUUAUGGUAUUUUGAUUCGUCUGAGAGACAAGAAGCUUGUAGAAGACAUCAGGUGGAGGCACAAUCAACUGUAUCAAAUAAUGCAUCACUGACCAGAGGUGCUACUGGAGACUGUUGACAAAACCUGUGAACUGCCACAUGUCAUCUGAGAGUACUUCUGGCUGUCACCUCAUGAAGAGUUGUUUCCAGCUUUUCCUUUUGUUUUUUGAUGCAAUCUAUCAACAUCAGGAAGUUAGUGAUUACAACUUUAUACGUCAGAGAUCUUGACACUUAUGGACAUUAGGAAGUUGGUGACCACAACUCAAUACUUCCGAGGUUUUACUGCAUUUGACUGUGGUUUGAAUAUCACUUGAUAUUUUAAAAUGGAACAGUGCCUCCGUUUUCUGUCUAGAUAAUACUAGAGGUUUGUGUUGAAACACAAGUUUCAUCAGGGCAGCACUCAAGACCUCUUCAGCUUCCUUCUGUGAUUUAUAUUAUACAUUAAGAAUAUAUAUUUUGAAAGGUUUCCUUGUCACUGAAUCUUUCUCCUGUGCUUUAAGAGACCUUAUUUUUUGGCGGGUAGAUAACAGCAGCAAGAAGCUCUGUUUAUUUCUAUGGUGAGUUUGUUUUGCUUUUCAGGGAAGCAAGUAAAGUCUGAUCCAUCCUGACUGAUAAGUUUUUGAAUUUAUCAUGAUGUAGCAUUUGUGGAGGACUUUGAUAUUACCGGUACAUUCAGUGCUACAUGGGAGAGGCUCUGUGAGAUAUUUCUUUUUAGAUCUUUUAUACCUUCUCAAUAUGAAUUAAUUGUAAUUUAGUUCUUCUUAUAAGAUUGAAGACUCUAAAAAAAUGUUAUGGCUUUUAGGUAAUUUGCCCAUUGUUUCCCCACUUCUCACCCACUGCUUUUUAAUAGUUUCAAAGAGGAAAACACAACAAUGUAAGCAUGCUUUUAAAGGGUUAAAGAAUCUAGACUUUUUAAAGUUGUGUUUUGGUGGUGUCUGUACUUUAGUUAAUUUUGGCCUACUAUGAAAAAUGGUGCUUUUUCGCUCUUUCAUUUAAGUGUUAAGCUAGAACACACACUGUUUUCAAUACUAACAUUAGAAGUGUUACAGCCACCAAAUAAAUUUUGAAUUUGAAUUGGAUAAUUUAAGCCAACACUAAAAAUGUACUUAUGGGGUCAGAAAGCUUCUGCAUAACUUGAUUAGUUGUGAACAUUGUGUGAUUUUGAAGAUUUUCUUCUAGUCCAGUAUUAGUUCUGUCAAUCACAGUAAUAUGAUUUGGCAGAAAUUCAUCAUAUUCAUAUAUUUUUGUGUGCUUCAUUUUGAAUAGACUGAAUGGAAUGUAUGAAAGAACGACUGUUUCACUUAAUUUGAGUGUCCCUACUUUGUUGUUGCUGGGUGCCAGUCCUUUUGUAACUCACGAAUAUGUGAGUGCCAGUACCUACACAUGUGUUCUUGCAUAUACAAAAUAAUUGCAUUCUAAAUAGUUGGUUCUCAUUAAUUUCAUUGCAAAACUUAUCAAAAUUGCUGAACUGUAUUUUAUUUGUCAUAUUUCUUCCUUUUUCUUACCGUAAGUAGAAUGUGUUUAAUAAAUCUCUAGUUUCCUGAUUUUUAAAUUUUUCCUUGGUAUAGCUGAAUGUAUGAGAUGCAUGUUGUAUUAAAAUGUGUAUAAGUGUGCUAAGUCUCAAAGCAGUAUUUGCAAAGAAUCUUUGUACAGGAUAGAUAAACAAGCAGUGUGAGGUCCUCUUGCAAAUGACACUUUGUUUAAUCAGUGAAGUAUUAAUUUCAUGGUCUUACACCUGGUGCAUUCUUAUUUGGUUGAUCAAAAUAACGUGACUCCAUUUACAAUGACCAUGCAAGAACUUGCAGGAAUUUCUGAUGGAGUGUGAUUUCCAAGUCCUGCGUACUGUAAAGUAAACUUCACUUAGUCAGCUUGGUCAGCUGUGGUGUUUGGAUCUAGUGCUGCUCAAUUUCUGUUUCUAAAGCUUAUAUUCUUCAGUAUUCGCAAGACUUCUACUUCCUAUCUAAAUGAUGGUAUUGGGGCAGAAGUGUGAAUGUGAGUCUCAUGGACGUUUAGUGAAUCAUCCCUCCAACUGUAUCGAAAUUAGGGGAACUCUAGGAGACUUUCUUCUGCAACUUUUUUCCAACAUCAUUGUAUUUAUGGAAAGCAAGCUUUUCUAUAUCUUUAAAUCUUAACACAAAUUGGUAUAUCUUUUGCUUUUUUCCACUUAAGGUAUGAGUUAAGUUUUACAUUUGACAUAUAUACAUACGUAUAUCCAAGAGAAAAGGAGACAUGAAGUGCCUAUCAUUGUUUUAGUCCAACUCCCGUGCACCCCCACCCCCUUCCCUUAAAAAAAAGAAACAAAAAAAGGGUUUCCUGCUUGACUUGUCUUUUUUCCUGUGAAUAUUUAUGUGGGUAUACAUUUAAAUGUAAGUGUACCUCAUGUCUACAAAAUUUUGGCAGAACACUAAAAAUUUGUUUGCUCACAUUUUGUACCUAUAAUACUUUAGGUAUCUAUCAUUUUAAUUAAAGGUGUUUCACCUUUCACUAGAAGGGCUGUGAUUUUAAUAUUGUAGGCUCAAUUUAGUCCAGAUGAAAGAAAGGCCAAGAAGAGCUGGGCAAGUAAAGAGCGUUAUUUUCAAAAUUGACAGAAAGCUUGCUUACUGUACUCACAAGAAGUACAGAACUCUUCUCAUGACUGGUUUAUAUUGUAUGAUCUGUGAAAUGUUAAAUGUCUAAGGAAUACACAAUUUUGUAUUGCAAGUUAUGUAAGAAAUGUUGGUAGGUACGGUAAAGAUAAAUUUGAAAAAUGUAUGACUAAUGCGUUAUGCUGAAAUACAUUUAUAUUG